CCUUUUGUUCCAGAUCGUGUGAGAUUGCCAGGCAGCUGAUCGAAUGAGCUUGCUGCGAGGAGAGAGCAAUAAAGGCAGCUGCUAUAGAUAGAGACCAAUUAGAUCGAUCGAGAAAGAGAGAGAGAGAGCAGUGAGAAGCGAUUAGCAAGCCAUAGUUGUAAAGAGGAACUGGAUCGCUUCUACGAUUAUUUCAGUGAUGUCGAGUUUAACAGUGAGAAGGGUAUCGCGUGAAGAUAUUCAACUGGUUCAGAAUUUAAUAGAACGAUGCCUCCAGCUUUACAUGAACCAGAAAGAAGUUGUGGACACUCUACUGGAGCAGGCUAAGAUCGAACCCGGUUUUACAGAACUAGUUUGGCAGAAGCUUGAAGAAGAGAAUCGGGAAUUUUUUAAGGCAUAUUAUCUGAGACUCAUGGUUAAGCACCAGAUAAUGGAAUAUAACAAGCUGCUUGACCAGCAGGUACACCACAUGCGUCAGACGCAUCCAACCGGAGUUGCUUACGUCCAAAACAUGAAUGACUCUGAUGUUCCAUCAAUGAAUCAACAACAAUCAUGCUUUGCACCCAAGGACUCAAAUCAAUCCUCUCCUAAUCUAUCAAGUGCAUACCUCAAUGGAGGAUCACCACUUAACACAGAUUUACCUUCUUCUGUGGACUUUUCACCCCAUUCUAAAAGAGUUGAUCCUCUACCGAACAUGCUCUCCUUGCAGGCCACAAAUACGCCUAUGAUGCAAGGAAUGACCAAAUCUGAGAAUGCAUAUUCAAACUGUGCUCCUUACAUGUAUGGUGGUGAAGCACAUUCAACAGUUGGAGAUGCCUCCAUUGCGUCUUUCAGCAACGAUUCCAGCAGCCAAGCCAUCAAUGAUCCACUUGUUGAUGCAGACGCUUCUACAUUUGGGUUAUUAGGUCAAAUUCCUCGGAACUUCAGCCUCUCUGAUCUGACGGCUGAUUUUUCACAGAGUUCAGAGAUUCUGGAGAGCUACGAUAGAUCACCAUUCUUUCUGGCCGAUGCUGAAAAUCUCCUGGACUAGCGAAAGGGAAGAACAUCAAGGAGACCACGAGAGAUUGGGGACUCAGAAAAUAGGUUUUCAGUGAAAACAUCGGGAGCAAAUAGGUUUGUUAGGUUUUGGGAACUUUGACCUCUGCAACUACUUGCAGGUUUUUAGUCCCAUGGUCAGUGUACAGAGAGAUAAACCUGCCGUUGGAAAGACAAUUUUUGGGUGGGGUGUAUACUGAUGUAUUAUUUUUCUUUAUUGUGGAGAAUUUUGGUUUUAGUGAUAUAUAUUGAAGAAGGGUAAUUUGAUUGUAUCAGUGUAUAUUAUUGGAUAUUUAUUUGUAACAUGUAAGACCCACUAGUAAGGUUCAGAUAUUCUUGAAUGUAGUCUAUAAAACUUGUAAAACCCAUAAAUAUGUUCAAUUUAUCUCUUUUGUGUCAA